AUGAGCCCAUUAAGUCCACUGAGCCCAAUAGGCUCAACGAAAGCCAACCUCUUCAGAAACAGAGUUCCUACGCAACUUCGGAGGUGCAUACCCUUGUACAUAGCUUGUAUAUGCAUAAUCCUUCUUGUCGCAAACCUUGACUUAUUUGGGUCGAUGCCAAAGCCGGUCCACCUCUCUAAACGACGCGGCCGGCAUUCGUCAUUAAACAGACGAGCAGCGUUUCCCAAGAAAAUAUGGCAGUCUUGGAAGGUCGCACCGUUCGCUUUUGAGGCUGAGCAGGUUCUGACCGCACGUACUUGGACCGACAAGAAUUCUGGUUACCGGUAUGAGGUUCUCACAGACAACAACGACAUGGAAUACGUCGAAGAGCAUUACGGCCCCGAUGGAUUUGACCGCCCAGACAUUGUCGACAUGUACCGCAACGUAAACGCUACCAUAAUCAAGGCUGAUCUUCUUCGCUACAUGAUAAUGUACGCGGAGGGGGGAGUCUAUGCGGAUAUUGAUGUCGAGGAUCUUCGGCCCGUCAGCAGAUGGAUUCCAGAGCGGUAUGCCGAGGCAGAUAUCGACCUCGUCAUCGGUGUUGAAAUCGAUCAACCACAUUUCAAGAAUCACCCGAUUCUUGGCAAGAAGUCCAUGUCCUUCUGCCAAUGGACAUUCAUGUCGCGUCCCGGUCAUCCAGUCAUGUUGAAGCUCGUUGAAAAUAUCAUGGCGUGGCUCAGUGACGUCGCAAAGACUCAAGGCGUUACCAUAUCAGAGGUCAAGCUUGACUUCGACGAGGUCAUCAGCGGCACCGGACCCUCAGCUUUCACCAAAGCCGUGCUGGAUGUGAUGAGUGCGCGGUCUCGCUCCGGACCAAUAACAUGGGAUACCUUUCACGAUAUCGACGAGUCGAAGGUCGUAAGCAAUAUCCUAGUCCGCGACGUUGAGUCGUUCGCUGCAGGCCAAGGCCACUCCGACUCAGGAAACCAUAAUUCCAGAGGUGCCCUUGUCAAACACCACUACCAUGCUUCGAACUGGCCCAGCCGACACCCCCGAUUCAGACACCCUAUCUUUGGUGAGGUCGAGAGGUGCAACUGGAACAUUGAGUGCGUCAUGAAGUGGGACCAAGACAUUGCUGCAUUCAAUUCACUGUCUCCCGAAGAGCAAAAGCAAGAAAUUGAAAAGCAUGAAAACCUCCAGAGGCUGCAGACACAACAAGCUGAACAGAAAGCCGAGGAGCAGAAGGCUGCAGCAAAGAUGGCGUUACAGAUCCCGCCUCAACAACCUCUUCAAGUUCUUGCGCAGCAGCCUGCACUGCAAGAAGAGUUGAGAUUGAAGUGA